CUCUUCACACACACACAACCCUCAGAUCUUUCAGUUCAGCUUCGAGUUUCUCAACUAGCUGCCAAUUAUUUUUCCAUUUCUCAUUUGAUUUUGCUCAUUAAAAAAAAAAAAAGCAAAUUUUCAUUUUUGGGGUUUAAUGUUUUUACUUGAUCUGUUUGGAAGUUGGAACUAAGAAGUGGUGAUUUCGGUAAAAUGCUGAGUUUAUGAGAAGAAAUGGUUAUUGGGGUUUGUUUGGAUCGAGGAAAAGACUUACACUUUUCAAUUUGCAAAACGAGGGUCCUUGUUUCCAAAAUGUGGAUCUUGUAAAAGCUGUUGACUUUGAUCAACAAAGAAAAAUAAGAGAAAGAGAAAAAAAGGAGCAAAAUUUCCUUUUUUCUUUCCAGCUCAAGGUGGUUCAACUUAGAAGAAGCUUAAAGACAGUUCUAGCUCCAACAUCUUACUACAUGAGAUUAGGAAAAACAAGUUAAAGACCAUGAUUGAAGUAUCUCGAGGCAGCGAAUAAGGUUUUGUUAGACUUCUGGUGGAGUGAAGGGGACUUGCUAUUUUUAGACACAUUUGGAAAAGGCACAUUAUUGAAAGUGGAAGAAGCUUUUGUUAAUUCAAGGUUGACUUGUGCAUCUCAGAAUGGGGAUUCAGUGCUCCAGAUUCUUUCCAUGUUGUAUGAAUUCACAAGUUAAGGCAUCUGUUCCUGAAACUCCAGAUGCCGAAAAUGAGGACACAAGUGAGGUCAGUAACUGGCCUAUGUUCUGUGAAUUUUCUCUAGAGCAACUUAAGAAUGCUACCUCUGGUUUUGCUGUUGAGAAUAUUGUAUCCGAACAUGGAGAGAAGGCACCAAAUGUUGUUUAUAAAGGGAAGCUGGAGAAUCAAAUGAGGAUUGCCGUUAAACGAUUCAACAGAAAUGCUUGGCCUGAUUCUCGGCAGUUUUUGGAGGAAGCAAGAUCAGUUGGUCAGCUUCGGAACCAGAGACUAGCAAAUUUGCUUGGUUGUUGUUGUGAAGGAGAUGAAAGGUUGCUUGUGGCUGAAUAUAUGCCCAAUGAAACACUUGCAAAGCACCUUUUCCAUUGGGAAACACAACCCAUGAAAUGGGCAAUGCGGCUAAGAGUUGUUCUACAUCUUGCACAAGCUCUAGAGUACUGUACAAGUAAAGGGCGAGCACUCUAUCACGACCUUAAUGCAUAUCGGGUUCUAUUUGAUGAGGAUGGUAAUCCUAGGCUUUCGAGUUUCGGCCUCAUGAAAAAUAGUAGGGAUGGGAAAAGUUACAGCACAAAUUUGGCAUUUACCCCUCCGGAGUAUCUCAGAACCGGGAGAGUAACAUCGGAAAGUGUGAUUUAUAGCUUUGGCACUCUUUUGCUGGACCUUCUCAGUGGGAAGCAUAUCCCCCCAAGUCAUGCCCUUGAUUUGAUUCGGGACAGAAAUCUUCAGAUGCUAACAGAUUCUUGUUUGGAAGGGCAAUUUUCUGAUGAUGAUGGGACUGAGUUGGUGCGGUUAGCGUCUCGGUGUUUACAGUACGAACCUCGAGAACGGCCUAAUCCGAAAUCGUUAGUGGCUGCACUGGCUCCUCUUCAAAAGGAAACAGAGGUUCCUUCAGAUGUCUUGAUGGGAAUUCCACAUAGUGCUGCUACUUUUGCUUCAUUGUCUCCACUUGGUGAAGCAUGUGCAAGAAAGGACUUGACUGCCAUACAUGAAGUUCUGGAAAAACUUGGCUAUAAAGAUGAUGAAGGAGUGGCAAAUGAGUUAUCAUUCCAGAUGUGGACUGAUCAAAUGCAGGAGACAUUGAAUUGUAAGAAAAAGGGCGACGUUGCUUUCCGGCAGAAAGAUUUUAAACUAGCAAUUGAAUGCUACACACAGUUCAUUGAUGCCGGAACGAUGGUUUCUCCUACAGUCUAUGCACGACGCAGUCUAUGUUAUCUUAUUAGCGACAUGUAUCAGGAAGCGCUGAACGAUGCAGUGCAAACAAGAGUGAUUUCCCCUGUAUGGCAUAUUGCAUUUUAUCUUGAAUCUGUUGCACUUGGAGGACUUGGAAUGGAGAAUGAAGCACAAGUAGCAAUUAAAGAAGCUACAACACUUGAAGCUAAGAGGAGUUCAAAUGCUAAACAAAAGUGAAUAAGGCUUUGUACAGAGACAAACCUUUCUUGCUGAUUUAUGUUCUGCAUGAUGAUGAUGACAACCACCACCCCCACAAGAUUAAUUAUUCCAAAGAUUUCAUCUUUGAAUUACACCAUAGAUCCACAACAACAAAGUUGAAUGUGUUUUUUAAGACUACUACUUCAAGGAACAGUGAUUGGAUUGGAUGAGUGUUGGUUAUGACACACCCCUUCCCCCUUUUUUGUUGGGUUGGUUAGGAUGUUCAAUUUAGUUUAUGAUUUGAUUCAUUAAAGCAUGGCUCCUUACUUCUGGCAAAAUUUUUCAUUUUUUUUUUUCAUUUUAUAAAGGUUGAAAGUGUGAAAAGUGAAUAGCUUUGUUGAUCAUGGCCUUGUAUUUUCAUUAUUUUUUGUUGGAAUGCCAAGAUAUUGUGUUCA